AAUCCGCUCUGAUUCCCAGUAUAACUACAGUAUUGGUAAAGCAGGUGAUCGGAAACAACAGAUGACCUGGGUUGUGUCUUGAUGACCUCCCCACAUCCUUAAAAGGUGGAGACGUAGCGGUGCCUUCUCUGCUGGAGCCUUUGACCCUUGACCCCCCCAAGGGGAACAAGGGAAAUGCAUAAUAAACAAAAAGACGUCAGAAAGAAAGUGUCAAAAUAUACUUCUUCCAAUACAUCAGUGUGUAAAAGUACAUGCUGUAUCCCUUUGUGCAAAUCAUGAAUUCAAACCAUUACUCUCUCUGUCUUUGUUUUCCUCUCUGAAGAAGACGGCAAUGACAUCAGAGACCGCAGCACGCAGCGCGGCGCCACCUCAGAGAGUCUGGGUGUGGACGCCCCUGGCUCCUCCCACAUGGCCAGUCACAACGGGGAGCUGCGGAUCCUGAGCGUCUAUGGAAAAGGGGAGGGCCCACUGGCGGUGGACGGCCAUGACACCCUCUUCACCACGUCAGAAGUGGAGGCCUUGAGCUCGAUGUCGGCGGACUGCAGUGUGGCCAAGAGCCUGAACUGCAGUGUGCGGUUGGUCCGCCUUGAGGAGCUGACUGGGCAUCAGGGCGGCCGCAAGGGCCGGCCCGGUGUCUUGUGUGGCAAGGUUUUUCCCAAUAAUGACAAUAUGAUCGUUCACAUGAGGACAAAACCCGACAAGAAGCAGUACAAGUGUGACCAAUGCGCAAAGUGCUUCAGUCAAAAUGGACAUCUGAAGAGCCACAUGAUGACUCACACCGGGGAGAAGCCCUACAGGUGCGACCAAUGCAUGAAGCUCUUCAUAUCGAAAACGCACUUGAAGUGCCACAUGUGGACUCACACCGGGGAGAAGCCCUACAAGUGUGACCAUUGCGCAAAGCGCUUUGGACAAACAAACGCCCUUCAGAUCCACAUUAGGACUCACACCGGGGAGAAGCCCUACAAGUGUGACCAUUGCGCAAAGCGCUUCAGACAGACAAGCCAGCUUACGGGCCACAUGAGGACUCACACCGGGGAGAAGCCCUACAAGUGUGACCAUUGCGCAAAGGGAUUUGGACAUUCAAGCCAUCUUAAGACCCACAUGAGGACUCACACCGGCGAGGUGCCCUACAAGUGUGACCAAUGCGCAGAGCGCUUCGGACAGCCAAGGCAGCUUACGAGGCACAUGUGGACUCACACCGGGGAGAAGCCCUACAAGUGUGACUAUUGCGCAAAGAGCUUCGGGCAGACAUGCCAUCUUAAGAGCCACAUGAGGACUCACACCGGCGAGAUACCCUACAAGUGUGACCAAUGCGCAGAGCGCUUCAGAGAGUCAAGCCAGCUUAAGAGUCACAUGUGGACUCACACCGGGGAGAAGCCCUACAAGUGUGACCAAUGCGCAAAGCGCUUCUUAACGAUAAGCCACCUUAAGAGCCACAUGUGGACUCACACCAGGGAGAAGCCCUACAAGUGUGACCAAUGCGCAAAGCGCUUCUUAACGAUAAGCCACCUUAAGAGCCACAUGUGGACUCACACCAGGGAGAAGCCCUACAAGUGUGACCAAUGCGCAAUGCGCUUCGAACAGACAAGCACCCUUCAGAUCCAGAUCCACAUGAGGACUCACACCGGGGAGAAGCUCUACAAGUGUGACCAAUGUACGAAGCUCUUCAUUCGGAAAGACAAGCUGAAGAUCCACAUGAGGACUCACACCGGGGAGAAGCCCUUCAACUGUGACCAAUGCGCAAAGCGCUUCAGACAGAGAGGCAGCCUAAAUGUCCACAUGAGGACUCACACCGGGGAGAAGCCCUACAAGUGUGACCAAUGCACAGAGCGCUUCAUUUAUAAAGCCUGCCUGAAGAGCCACAUGAAGACUCACACCGGAGAGAAGCCCUACAGGUGCGACCAAUGCACGAAGAGCUUCAGUGGGAAAGUACACUUGGAGAUCCACAUGAGGACUCACACCGGAGAGAAGCCCUACAAGUGUGACCAAUGCGCAAAGUGCUUCAGUCAAAGUGGACACCUGAAGAGACACAUGAGGACUCACACCGGGGAGAAGCCCUGCAAGUGUGACCAAUGUACGAAGCUCUUCAUUCGGAAAGACCAGCUGAAGAUCCACAUGAGGACUCACACCGGGGAGAAGCCCUUCAAGUGUGACCAAUGCGCAAAGCGCUUCAGACAGAUAGGCAGCCUGAAGAGACACAUGAGGACUCACACCGGCGAGAAACCCUACAAGUGCGACCAAUGCAUGAAGCUCUUCAGUCUGAACUGUCACUUGAAGAGCCACAUGAGGACUCACACCGGGGAGAAGCCCUACAGGUGCGACCAAUGCGCAAUGCGCUUCUUAACGACAAGCUACCUUAAGACCCACAUGUGGACUCACACCGGGGAGAAGCCCUACAAGUGCGACCAAUGUACGAAGCUCUUCAUUCGGAAAGACAAGCUGGAGAUCCACAUGAGGUCUCACACCGGGGAGAAGCCUUACAAGUGUGACCAAUGUACGAAGCUCUUCAGACAGAGAGGCAGCCUGAAGAGACACAUGAGGACUCACACCCGCGAGAAGCCCUACAAGUGUGACCAAUGUACAAAGCUCUUCAGACAGAGAGGCAGCCUGAAGAGACACAUGAGGACUCACACCCGCGAGAAGCCCUACAAGUGUGACCAAUGCACGGAGCGCUUCAUUUAUAAAGCCUGCCUGAAGAGCCACAUGAAGACUCACACCGGAGAGAAGCCCGACAGGUCUGAACAAAUGCACGAAGCUCUUCAGUCAGAAAAGGCACCUGGAGGACCACAUGUGUUAUGUAUUUUAAGCACGUAAGCUGCCCCCACAUAGCCACUAGGAAGCAGGAUCUAACACACAAGCUGUAAUAUCUACCCCAGCCACAGAAUCAGAAUCUCUUUAUUGUCAUUACACAAAGUGCAACGAAAUUGGGGUAGAGGCUCUCAAAAUAAGUGCUUUUAAAACAAAAACUAAAUGAGAAAAUGAGUGUAUUUUUUGAAAAUAAAUUUAGAAUGUUGAACUCAAAAAAAUAUAUAUACAUUUUAAAAUAUCAGCCAAUUUAAAAGGUCAGAUUGGUAUGAUAAUGCAGUCAUUUAUAAUUCUGCAUUAUUUAGAGAAAUAACAGCUCUGGGGUAGAAACAGUUUUUAAGCCUAUUUGUUCUUGACCUGAUUGCCCUGUAGCGCCUCCCAGAGGGCAACAGUUCAAACAGAUUAUGGCCUGGGUGGGAUGAGUCUCAGGAUGCUAUGAGCUCUCCUGAGGCAGUGUCUAUUGUACACAUCCUCAAGAGAGAGAAGAGGACAUCCAAUGACUUUUUGUGCCGUUUUUAUGACCCUCUGGAGCGCUUUCCUCUCAGCUGCAGUGCAACUGGCAAACCACAGCGAGAUGCCGUAGCUUAGGACAGUCUCAAUGGUGCAGCGAUAAAAGCUCAUCAGCAAUUUCUCCUGAAGAUUGUUCUUCCUGAGGAUCCUUAGGAAAUACAAUCUCUGUCGGGCCUUUUUCAGAAGCGCCUUGGUGUUUAUUGUCCAGGUCAGGUCCUGCUGAAUGUGCAUGCCCAGGAACCAAGAAGGCAGCAUCUUUAAGACAGACGCGGAAGCUGAAGCUAAGAGCUAGACCACGCCCACUUCACAUAAGCCACGCCUACUUGGUCCAUUUUCAUCGACCGGAGCCAGCGGAGGUCAGAGAAUCAUAGGCGCCCCGCAGAGAGAGUCGGGCCUAAGCCCGGGGCUCGAAGUAGCUCACGGUAUUUCUCUCUGCUAGUGUUGGAUACAAUUCCCUCCCUUUUGCUUCAUAGUUACCAUACCGAAAUACUUAAACAAAUAAAGUGAGUUAAAAGCCACCCGUUUCAAACUACUUUCAACAAGAGCACGACAAAUACCACAUGGGGACUCAAUCCGGGGAGAAGCCCUACAUGGGUGACCAAUGCGCAAGGCGCUUCAGUCAUGGCUCCAAGCUGAAGAUCCACGUGAGGACUCACACCGGGGAGAAGCCCUGCGUGUGUCUACUACCACCCAGUAGCUCGAACACCUGUGAUCAUGAAAUCCUUUGAAAGGCUGGUCUUUCACCACAUUAAAGAUGAACUGAAAUGAAAUAAUAAACAUCGUCAACGUUUUAGUUAUGACAUUUAUAAAAAUAAAAAAAUGACACUAAAAAAAAUAUUUAAAAAGCCAACAUGUAGCUUUUUUUUUAGCAACAAAAGAUAAUGCGUCUUUUAGUAUUAGAGCGCCGAUGACGUGACUUGCAUGGUACAACUAGGUCGUUGCUGCAGACUCGCGAAUGUCUUAUUCACUCCACGGUUGAAAAUAGUGAUUUUAAUAUGGCUGGUUACAAGUUUGGGCCUGUGAGUGACAUGCCUGUAGUGUCCUACUGCCACCCGGUGGAGAGGGAUCAAUUUCAGGCUCCAGCUCCAGCUCCGGAUCGUGUGCGUGUGACUGGUGUGCGUGUGGGUGCUGCCGGAGCAUGGACACUGCCAUUGAAUCGGUCUGCUGCCGAGAGGUCCCGGUCAACCUUGACCACCUAAUGGUGGGAUUAGGUUGCAUAACCAUGCAUAGGGCAUUUCGGAUGCUGUGCGGUGAGAGAGGGUUUGGAAGUGGCCAAGCUCUCUCUACGGGACGUCCGAGCGGAGACACUGGAGCGCCCCAUAAAUAGCAACCAAGUAGCAAGGCGAAAACAAUCUCCCCCUCCGUUUUCCUUUGAUGCGUUUGAGGAAUAUCUCUGUAAAGACGGACUCAUUGCGGAAACGCAACGAGCUGUACAAACGCUGUAGUACCUACAUAUUCAAGGCGCUGGUUCUCCACAAAAAUAAGAGGAGCGCAUCAAGCCUGCGCGCAUCCAGCCUGAGCGCUGUAUAAAAAAAGUUCACGUCGAGGCGGAGAUAGUUGUUGUUUAACCUUUUUAGAUUGAGUAGAAAUACUUUUUAAUGUAGUUAGUAAUUAAAUAGAUGCGAGGCGGAUUCACGAGUGUCACGUUUACUUUAGGUGGAUGUUGGAGGUUUACUUUCUGGUGGAUGUUGAUGGAUAUUGCACAGAUAAAUCUUACUAUGAAACUACUUCUUCGCGUUUAACUCCCUCUGCAUCGGCAAUCGGGUAGUCGGCGAACAACAGGGUGAGUAGAAAGGGACAUUUGUGUAACUUCUGUUUACUUACCCGCCGUAGUUUAAUUAGCAGCUUGGAAACUUAGAUCUGUGAUAUCGUCGUGAGUAAUAGUUUAUACACUUUAUGGUCGGAGUUCUAGCUUGUGGAGAGUGACAUGACGGGCUGAUUUACAUCGGAGGGUUAGUCAGUUUUAAGGCUGCCAGCCAUGUAUUUAGGGCUGGUUUCCUAUUCAAAGGUAGCCUGCGGAAAUGUAUGAUUACCCCAGCUGCCAUGGCCCUAUAUAAUUCAUUAAUGAAGCCAGGGGCAAUGCAGUAUGAUCCUCCUGUAGACCUGGUUGUUUUAUUUUCCGUAGCCAUUUCAGCGAGCCUCAGAGCCUGACUCAUUACCAGCUAUGGCUGCUAGAGCCACAGAGUAGGAGUAGGUUACCAUGCCAGUGACGUAGCUGAUUGUUGAAAUCCAACAUGGCGGCGCCCUGUAACACUUUCACCCCUUCAUCGGACAAUUUAAUCCCUUUUAGCAAGUUCAGCCCUUUUUAUUUAUUGUGCCAAUGAGAAGGCAGACAAUACAUCUGUUAUAUCAACUAAACUUCAGAUCUCAGCUCAGUUCAUCUUUAAAGCCCUCCUCCCACCCAGCUUCGACCCCCACCAGUUUGCCUAUCGAUCAAAUGGAUCAACGGAGGACGCCAUAGCCGUAGUUCUACCUUGUAUAAUGACAAAGUAUUCUAUUCUAUAAACAGGGUUUAUAUCAUUGGUAUAUAAUUGUAUAUAUUAAACUUACGCUUGAUAUUUCGACACUGUCGUUACCUCUACCUUUGUUAUUAGAAAAAGCCUGCAAAGUUGACCUGUGAAAUAGACUGCAAUUAAACCCCACAUUAUACAUGA